AGUCACACUGUGCUGCUUAUUUGAACCACCUACACUUGUGAUGAUCUGAUCUGAUCCCUCCUCAUUCAGACAACGUCUAUUCCUCUUUUUUAACAUGAACGUCGCAAAAGCUGUCCAAGUCGGUGUCGGGGUACUGAUUAUGCACAACCGCAAGGUGUUGGUCGGACGGAGAAUCGGAAGCCAUGGAGCAGACACUUGGCAGCUAGCUGGAGGUCACCUGGAGUUUGGUGAAACGUUCGAGGAAUGCGCGAUCCGUGAGGCCGAGGAAGAGACGGGCCUGACUCUGGACUCUGCUUCGGCCAAGUUUUUCACCGCCAAUAACAACAUCAUGAAUGACAUUGAGAGACACUAUGUCACCGUCUUCGUCUCUGCCAAUGUCAACGGCAGCGCUGAGGCCAAGGUCAUGGAGCCAUUGAAGUGCGAGCGGUGGGAAUGGAUCACUCAGGAAGAAUUACUAGACAACAACGGACCCUAUCGACCACUCUUUUCACCUCUUGCGAAAAUGAUCAACGAUGUCGACCUCACAUCGAUCUUUGUCCAAAGCGCCAAACAAUAAAGAUCCGCAUAUUUCUAUUUUAUUUUUACAAAAGGAA